AUGGCGCAGCCGCCGCCGCCGCAGACGCCGACGGCGGUGAUACCGCGGGAGGCGUGGGAGGGCUGCAGCGUGCUCCUCGACAUCAACGACGGCGACCGCCUCGCCUUCUUCCGCCUCACCCCCGGCGCGCAGGACGGUGAAGAUAGGGGACAAGAGCUGCUCGCUGCAGCCGCUGCUCGGCCGCCCCUUCGGCUCCCUCUUCCGGAUGAUAAGCCACGGGACGGCAGUGCCGCUGAGGGCCAGGUGCAGGACGAGACCAGGGACAAUAGGUCCCUGGUCGACAAUAACACCGCGCAGACGCUCUCCAGCGAGGACAUCGAGGCGAUGAAGCGGGAGGGUGCGAGCGGCGACGCGAUCGUGGAGGCCUUGAUAGCUAACAGCUCCACGUUUGGAAAUAAGACAGUGUUCUCACAGGAGAAAUACAAACUGAAGAAACAAAAGAAAUAUGCGCCUAAAGUGCUCCUGCGACGCCCCUCUACCCGAAGCAUUUGUGAGACAUAUUUCAAGAAGUAUCCAGCUCGAAUAGGGUUUAUGCGAGUUGAUACGCUCUCCCUCUUGUUGUCAAUGGCAAAUGUUGGUGCAUAUUCAGAUGUGCUUGCCGUUGAUAUGGUUGGGGGUUUAGUUGUUGGAGCUGUAGCUGAACGCUUAGGAGGUACAGGAUAUGUUUGUAGCACAUAUCUUGGAUCAGCGCCCAGCUCUAUAGACAUAAUAAGAAUGUAUAAUUUGAACAGCGAGAUGACCAGCAGGAUUUUCCAGGCACCACUUAGCGACCUGUGCUCCUUGAAAAGUUCUGGCAAUGCUCCUGGUAGUGUUCAAGGUGAUGCGGUCGAACCUAGUGCAGUACCAGACGAGAGUCUUCAGUCAUCCCUGGAAAAACCAUCUGAUACAGAAGUAUCAGAUGGGAAUGCGCAGUCAACGGCAGCGCAGCCAAUUGUUAUAGAGGCCCCUGAGCCUGCAACGGAUGAGCACCUUAAUCAAGGUGACAUUCCAAUUGAUAUAGAGGCCCCUGAGCCUGCGGAUGAACACCUUAAUCAAGGUGACAUUUCUAUGCCGGAUUGCAAAGGAAGUAAUGGCAAUUCAAUAGCUCCCAAAGCACCGAGAGCAGGAAAAGCACCCUCACUGGAGAGGAUGAAAUAUUGGGGAGAACAUGGCUUUAGCAGUUUGAUUGUUGCUGCUCCGGGACAUGAGGUGGAGAGUGUGGUUGCUGAUUUGCUUCCGCUCUUGUCUUAUUCGGCCCCAUUUGCCAUUUAUCACCAGUAUCUUCAGCCUCUUGCGACUUGCAUGCAUAGUUUGCAAGUAUCAAAAAUGGCUAUUGGGUUACAGAUAACUGAACCCUGGCUUCGAGAGUAUCAGGUCCUUCCAUCGCGCAGCCACCCACACAUGCAGAUGAACGCGUUUGGUGGGUAUAUCUUGAGCGGCAUCCGGCGAUACGGUUUGCGUUGCGGCCUAGCUAGGUCAGAGGAGUAUACUUGUAAACAAGUAUGUCUUGCAUCCUUCCCCUGUGGGAAGGACAUUUCAUUGUGUACAACAUCACAAAUUGAUGACCAUGCAGUUGAUGGCGAAGAAAAGAAGCUCAUAUAUUUGACGAGAUCACAAAAUGUUGAUGCACAAAAUGCAGUAAAUGGCGCUCCUCUACUCUCCUAUGGUGAUGAUGAUAUCUUGGGACUUGACACCCCUAAUUUGGUGAUGAUCUACAGGAUUUCCGGAACACAACUGAAGGUCAUGGCUUCAAGCAAAGCCAGAUGA